AUGGGCAGCAUGCCCUACAACCACUUCAACUCCAUCUCCUACCUUCCCGACGGCCUCUAUCCCCGUGGUAAUGGCACAUCCCGCGAACGACAAGAAGGCUCACGAAGGUUUGUAGACAGCGCCAUGGAUGGCGAGCCCGCCCCGCCAUCUAUGGACAGCUCCAACUUCGACGUCCUCGAAUGGCACCCCGCCUACCAGUCCUGCCAGCGCUUCUUCGUCGACCAUGCACAGUUUGAGCCCGCGACACAAGCCGUCUGCGCGCUGAUCAAUAUCCGCCUCCCAUUCCAAUGGUUGACGACACCCAUCACAUCAUCAGGAACACCACCGUCCACUUCCCGCGGCCCGCAAACGAGCUCCAAUUUCGACUUCAAUGCCUUCUCCCGCCAACAACGUGAAGGAGGCCGCAGUCCCUAUGGCCAGCGAGGGCCCGACGCACCACCUACCUUCGUCUCCCCCAUCCCCUACAUCCGCCGCCUCGUCGUAACCGGCUUCGACAAGCCCGCGAUCCUGCACGGUUUCUUCGGCGACGAGUACGUCAAAGGCGCCAUGCCUCAUGUUGAGUGCGAGCGACGGAACUACCUCUUCGCGGCGAAACAUGGAGGGUGGAGGAGUUGUAAGAAACAGUAUGACAAUGGUAGUGGAGGGGGUGGGGAUGAGACUGUGCCGUUUAUGAAGCCGUUGGAUGAGGCCAAGAUGGAGGAGUUGACGGCGGCGGAGAAGGCGUGGAGUAGUUGGCUGGCAAUGGAGGAUUGGAUGGUGGGACCGAGGGCGCCGGAGGAUGAUGAGGCGCCGAGGAUGCAUAGUAACAGGCCUGGGUACCCGCAUGUGAGGGAUGGGGGUGGUAUGCCGGAUGGGAUCUGA